AUGGGUGAUCCCUUCAAAAACACCAGUAAGGCUGAGGUUGUUCACACCGUUGAUAGUGACCUAGAAAACAACAAGGAUGAACAAAGGAAGAAGAGUACUUCUGCAGGUCCUGUCAAGAGCAAAGCUGUAACCAAGAGUAAAGGGGUUGGUCCAUCAAAAUCUUGGAGCAAGGUCAUUCCAAAGAAAAGAAAGGAGCGAGAAAUUGUUGAACCUGAAUCUGAUGUUGAAGUGAAUGUCCCUGACAUUCCAUCGAGGAAGAAGCCUACAACCAGCAAGCUUGCUGCUAGUAUUCCUGAAGUUCCCAUUGAUAAUGUGUCUUUCCACUAUGCCUCUAGUGCCAGCAGAUGGAAGUAUGUUCUCCAAAAGAGAUUGGAUGUUGAAAGGGAAUUGGCUUCAAAUGCUCUUGAAAACAAGAAGGUCUUAGAGAUGAUUCAAGAAGCUGGACUGCUAAAAACUGUUUGCAAUCUUCCCAAAUGUUAUGAGAAGCUGGUCAAAGAAUUUGUGGUGAACCUAUCUGAAGAUUGUGGCAACAGCAGGAGUGUAGACUACAAAAAGGUAUUUGUAAGAGGUAAGUGUGUAUCAUUCUCUCCAUCUGUGAUUAAUAAAUUCUUGGGAAGAACAGAUGAAGCUCAAACUGAGCUGGAAGUAACAGACAACCAAGUCUGUCAAGUGAUUACAGCCAAGCAGGUAAACAGCUGGCCCUUGAAAGAGAAGCUAACUGCAAGUAAGAUGAGCAUCAAGUAUGCAAUGCUUCACAAGUUAGGAGCAGCUAAUUGGGUUCCAACAAAUCACAAGUCCACUAUCUCAACUGUGCUUGGUAGAUUUCUGUAUGUUGUAGGAACAAAGGCAAAGUUUGAUUAUGGAGCAUAUAUGUUUGACCAAACCAUGAAUCAUGCCGGAAGCUUCCGUAUUAAGGGUCCAAUUGCUUUUCCAUCCCUCUUGUAUGGUAUAAUUCUGGAUCAGUAUUCAAACAUUCUCAAUGAACAUGAUAUAGUGUGCAAAAGAGAAAGUCCCUUAGCCUUCCAUUACAAACUGUUUAAGGGUAAGCAUGUUCCAGACAUUGUCAUGACAUAA